UCUGCAGGCGGCCCCGCCUAGAGGGGGGUGUCCCGAGAGGAGGAUUACCCUAUGGAGGGGUCUCUGGGGCCACACCUCCGCCCACACCUGCCCCACCCCUUCCCGCAGGAGCUGGAGGAGGCGCGGCGCUGGGAGGGGGCCCGCGACGUGCGGCCGCUGGACGGGAACGUGCGGCGCUGGGGGGGACUCCUGCUGCCCAACAACCCGCCAUACAACACGGGCGCUUUCCGCUUCGAGCUGACCUUCUCCCCCAACCACCCGCUGGAGCCGCCCUGCGCCACCCUCCGCACGCCCAUCUACCAUCCCAGCGUGGACCUCGAGGGCCGCGUCUGCCAGCCCCUCACCAGCCACGGGCACUGGGAGCCCGCCACCCGCGCCAUCCAAGUGCUCCAGGACCUGCUGCUGCAGCUGGACAGCCCGGACCCCCGGCGGCUGCUGCGGCCCGACGUGGCCCGGGAGCUGCAGGAGCGCCCCGAGGAGUUCCGGCGCCGGGCGGGGGAGCACACCCGGCUCCACGCCGAGCCGCGCCCCGACCCCCGCACAUAAGGCAAUAAAUUCUCUCCAU